ACUAAGAUGAACAGGGAAGUAAAGCUCUGUGAAGCAGGAAGCGGCAAGGCUUCAUUUACUACAAAUCGGUCAGAGCUGAUCUCAGAUCAGCAGCAGCAGGAUGGAGGAAGCAGCUCCACUGUGGCAGCUCUUGGGAAUAUUAGUUCUGUGCUGCAGAGCGAGUCAGGCUGGUCUGACUGUGAGUCCCAGCAGAUCUCAGUUCUUUGAAGGACACUCUGUGUCUCUGAGCUGUGAGGAGGACAGCAGCUCUGCUGGAUGGACUGUAUGGAGGAACACAACCAGAGAAAACAGGACUCAGUGUGGAGAUGGAUGGGGGACACGAAAUGGUUCUACCUGUAACAUUACUUAUGCCAAUCCAUUGGACAGUGGAGUUUACUGGUGUUCAUCCUCCAGAGAAGGAGCAGCCAGCGGCAUCAACCUCACCAUCACUGGUGGAUCAGUGAUCCUGCAGAGUCCUGUCCUCCCUGUGAUGGAGGGAGAUGACGUCACUCUGAGCUGUCUAACAAAGACCACUCCCUCCAACCUCCCAGCUGCUUUCUAUAAAGAUGGCUCCCUCAUCAGGACUGAGUCCAAAGGUAACAUGACCCUCCACCAUGUGAACCGCUCUGAUGAAGGCCUCUACAGGUGUAACAUCAGGGGUCAUGGAGAGUCUAAUUCCAGCUGGAUCUCUGUUAAAGGUCAGCAGCUUCACUAA